ACAACCGAAAAAACAUAUCCAAAUCCAAAAUCAAAAUAAAAUCCAAAAGCAAUGUCACCAUGAAUUCUUAUCCAAUUCACCUUUAUCCCAUAUUUUAUUUACCUAUAUAUACCCUUUAUAAUACCUCACUUUUUCAAAAAUCACAACUGUAUAGAUAAAUAAAUAUCCUUUAUAUAUACAAAUAUGAAGUUUUUACCGGAAUUGACGUGUUGUGGCGGAGCAACCAUCAAGACGGUGAGGGAUGGGCUACCUCCGGUGGAGAAAAAGGAGUCGACGCUAGUAAAUCGAUCGAGAAGUAAACGCGCGGUUUCUCGGGGAAGGAAAUUGAGGAAAAUGGAGGAUUGGAAACCGGCGCUCAACGUCAUCUCCGAGGAUAACGCGAUUGCCGACCUCGAUCGGUACAGUUACGAUCAAAAUACGGUUCGAAAUUCCGGGAAUAAAAGAGCCGGGAAAUCUGGUAGAGCACAGAAGAAGUUCGGCGACGGUUACUGGAAAAUGUCGUAUGCCGUUGCGAUGCCUGCUUUCUCAGGAAUGCAUUUUUAGUGUGGAGUUUGUGUUUGUGUUUGUAAAUAUUUAGAUUUUUUGUUCACCCCUAAAUGGAAAUUUAAAAAAAGCAAAAAUAUAUGUUUUUUUUUAAAAUUUCCUUUAUGAUUUCUGCUUUAAGUGAUAUGUGGUUUUUGAAUUAUUUUAAUUUUAUAUUAUAUCCUUGUGAUAAAACUUGUUUUUUUUUUUUGUACAUAGAUAAAAUUUGGAAAAGGUCAUCUUUUUUCUUCCUUUAAUUUGUAUGAGUUUAUGGUACAAUUUCUUUUA